AUGUCUUCGAGCGUAAUAGUUGCUGGCCUUGCUCUUGCCGCUGUGGGAUUUACAGGGCGUGCGCUGCUACGCUCAUCGAGAGCGUGGUCGAAAACGCUGCAAGAAAGCUUGAAGAAUUUGCCCACCGCCGAAUCCUUUGCCGGUUCGAAGUACUACAAGGGCGGUUUUGAAACGAAGAUGAGCAAGCGAGAAGCUGGUCUCAUCCUUGGUGUGAGCCCUUCCGCAAGCAAAUCGAAGCUGAAAGAUGCCCACAAGAGGAUCAUGCUGCUCAACCAUCCAGAUCGUGGAGGCUCUCCUUACCUGGCUGCUAAAAUUAACGAAGCGAAGGACUUGCUUGAGAGCGGCAAGUCAAAAUAG